AUGACACAAACAUUGUUGAUGCCUUCAUUUUUGAAUACUGUUGUGUUUGCCCUUAAGGUCUCGGGUCCUCUCGUCAAAAUGCUUAGAUUGGUUGAUACCGAGAAGAAACCUCCCAUGGGAUACAUUUAUGAGGCAAUGGAUAGGGUAAAAGAAUGCAUUGCAAGUUCAUUUGAUCAUAAAGAAGAGAAGUAUAAUGAAAUCUUCGAAAUCAUCAAUAAAAGAUGGGAUGUCCAAUUGCAUCAGCCUUUACAUACAACUACGCACUUUCUUAACCCAAAAUCCUUUCACCCAAAAGCUUUAGAGGUGCAAAAGGAUCAUGAAGUGAUGAAUGGAUUUUAUGAAUGCAUGCAAGGGUUGGUCCCGGAUGUCACUGUUCAAGAUUUGAUCACUAAUGAGAUGAAUAUUUAUACGAAGGCUGAGAGUCUUUUUGGCAAGCCUAUUGUGAUUAGGCAAAGAAAUACAAGGGCACCAGUGAUUAUUGCAACUGAUUGGUGGGCAUCAUAUAAUUCUAAAACCCCAAACUUGCAAACUUUUGCCAUAAAAGUCCUUAGUCUAACAUGUAGUUUAUCGGGUUGUGAACGAAAUUGGAGUCUUCAUAGCAAGAAAAGAAAUAGAUUGGAACAACAACUUCUCAAUGAUUUAGUGUUUGUCAAAUAUAAUAGAACAUUGAGAUUUAGGUAUGACAUGCGCAACACUCUUGAUACCAUAUCUUUACAAAAUAUUGAUGCAAGCAAUGAGUGGUUGCUUGGGAGGAUGGAUGGAAAAUCAGAUGAAGAUAAUGAGCCAGUGUUUCAUGAUGAUAAUGGCUUGACGUGGGCCACUGUUGCUAGAGCUUCUGGGGUAGAAGAAAGUAGCCAUGCAAGUAGAGCAACAAGUUCACGCUCAAAGGCACAACCGAUGAUAUCUAAAUCAUCAAGAUUAACUCUACUUCAAUUAAUAGAUGAAGAGGAAGCGGGCUCAGAUGACACAAAGGAGGAAGACGUUGACGGAUAUAAAUCAACUAAUGGAGAAGAAGAUGAUACUAUGCUUGCCAUUGAUGUUGAGAAUGAUGAUUGA